GUUCAGUCGGCCAUUUUUCAAGUGAAUGGCUACGUGAGACGCAUCGUGCUAGCCAUGCAGAUCUUCGUGAAGACUCUGACGGGCAAGACCAUCACCCUUGAGGUCGAGCCUGCUGAUAAGAUUGAAAAUGUCAAGGCCAAAAUCCAGGAUAAGGAAGGAAUUCCUCCUGACCAGCAGCGUCUGAUCUUUGCUGGCAAGCAGCUUGAGGAUGGACGCACCCUGUCUGACUAUAACAUUCAGAAAGAGUCUACCUUGCACUUGGUGCUCAGGUUGAGGGGUGGCGCUAAGAAGCGUAAGAAGAAGAACUACACCACUCCCAAGAAGAUCAAGCACAAGAAGAAGAAGGUCAAGCUUUCUGUGCUCAAGUUCUACAAGGUGGACGAGAACGGCAAGAUCCACAGGUUGAGGCGUGAGUGCCCCGCUGAGCAGUGCGGCGCUGGUGUCUUCAUGGCUGCCAUGGAGGACCGCCACUACUGCGGAAAGUGCGGUUACACACUGGUCUUCAGCAAGCCCGAGGGCGGUCCCUCGGAAAAGUGAACGCGCGGUUUUAAUAUUAAAGAAAAAAAUUGAAAAUAUAA